UUUCUAGUAGAAAAUAAUUUUAACAAAAUGUUAAUGAAAUUAAUUAUAGUUUUAUGUUUAUCUGUUAUUAUUGUUCAUAGUUUGCCAAUCAAUAAGAAAGGAUUAUUAGAUAUACAAAUCAAAGAUAAUGUCUAUCCUUUGCCCAAAUCUUUUAGCGGUGUCUAUGAGGCCAACAAAAAGUUGUCGCAAACUCUUAAGUUACAUAAUCACAAUAUUACUGGACCCGAGUCAUUGGCAAUUUUUAACGGUCGUAUAGUUGCCAGUGCUAUGGAUGGGUAUAUCUAUGAGAUCAAUGAUGAUCUACUCAAACCUAUCUUGAAAAUUGCAGAACAAAGUUGUCAUGAAAUUCAACCCAAAGAGAACAUACGGUGUAGUCGACCACUGGGUAUGAAAUUUGAUUCAAAAGGCGUUCUCUAUGUAGUUGAACCCUAUUUGGGAGUCUUUGCAAUUGAAAAUAUAUUUAAAGACAAUCCUAAAGUGACACUCGUGUUUGACAUUGAAGAAACUCGCUCUUUAGGUAAAGUAUCAACUUUUUUGGAUGACUUGACCAUAGAUGAGGGGGCGGGUGCUAGUGGUGGACAUGUGCUGUAUGUGUCAGAUGUGAGUCAAAAAUUUUAUUUACAUAAUUUUGUCUGGACUAUCAUGACUUCCGAUUUGGGACGAGUGGUCAGCUAUGAUGUAAAUGCAAAGAAAGUUGAAUCUGUGGUCCAAAAUCUAUUCUUUCCUAACGGUAUGGAAAUCACUGACGACAGGACAGCCAUUUUGAUCAAUGAGUUUGGCGCCCGACAAGUCAUCAAACAUUAUAUUAAAGGUCCAAAAAAAGGAGAGUCAAAAAUAUUAUUGAGUGGACUACCGGGAGAACCCGAUAAUAUCAGACGAAGCGAUAACAAAGACAAAGAAACCUAUUGGUUGGCACUGUUAUCGGCGAGAACUGAGGAGAAUCCAAGUACUUUAGAUCUUUUUCUUCGAGAUCGUGACUUUAGGCGCCAAUUGACUCAAUUGUUGACAAUUGCCAACAGAAUCUUUAAUUUUUUUGGUGAUUUUUUUGACAACAAAUGGUUUCACGAUUUAGCCGCUUAUAUAAACAAUGAUAUUCCCAUUCAUCACAUUUGGUUUGAUGAGACGCUAAACUACGGUAUGAUUGUCGAGAUUGAUGGCAACGGAGAUAUCAUUCGUACACUUCAAGCACCGGAUUCGUCGUUAACUAAAUUGACAGAAGUCAGAGAAAUACGGAUAAACAGUGGCAAACAAAGUAUACUUUAUAUCGGAUCUUUUAUUAACGACUAUUUGGGAAAAUUAGUUAUUGAAAACUAAAUUACUGUACAUUAGUUAAAGAUUAGUUUUAAAAAUAUGAAUAUUUUAUUAAAUACUGUAUAAUAUUACUGUUUUGCAUGUAUAAGUARA